CCGCAAGCCACUGAUGCAUUGUGGGAAAUCGCGUUAAGUAACCAGAGAAAGGUCUGCUAGCCGUUUGGGCACCAAACUCAAAAAGCAAAUGGACGCUAUGGUUCAAUUUUUGACACGGAAUCCAGUUUAAGGCUUUAAUUAUUUUUAUUUUAAAUCAAUUCCUAUUGCUUUUGUACUUUAAAUUCACAUUGGUAACAUUCGUUAACGUCGUUGCAGCAGUUGCCAUGGAAACCCGAGAGGCGACUUUAAACAUGCUAGCUAGCUAGUCCGUUAUUCAGUGUUAGCGAAACACAAAGCGGUCAAGAUGUCGUCUUUUGAACACUUGGAUGCUUUGCGAAGACUAAAUAAAGAACUGCUGCAGAAAUUGAAGCGUAAAACCGAAAAUCUACAGCAUCAAAAUUUGGAUUGUUCGAUUAAACUCCUAGAAAAUGAAACCAAAACAACGGAGUCCGUUUGCGAUGUUUGGAAAUUAGUGAACAGUAGCGCACGCGACCGGAAGCCUCUAACAGAGAGAAGCAGAAGUUCGUUAAAUGUCUCAGAUGCUUUUAUAAAUCUGAGUGUGAGUGGAACCUGUUCAAAAGUGGCCCGAAAUGCUUUGUGUAAACCGAGAGACGUCGUGAAGACAUCAAAACUGGCAGAUAGCAUCAUAGAGAACCAGAGCUCUUUUUCAAGAGAGACCUGUUCAUCAUUAAGAAAUAAAAUCUUAGAAGUAGAAAUGUCAGACUGUUUACCAGACGAAGAAAGGAAAUUUCCAUCAGAAGACGCCACAUGUGACGUCCUCCUUCAAGACGAAGGGAACAGUCGCCUACACGUUCAGUUUAAUCCUACAGGAACGAUGCAGCCCAAGUCUGUUAUCUCACAGGACAAGGGUGAAAGUGUCGUGGGCCGAGUCAGGUUUGCAGACAAUGAGCUGGAGACUGUAUCUAAGUCGGAAAGACGACAUGUGCAGCCUUUACUGGGAUAUGACUGGAUAGCUGGCCUGCUUGAUGCUGAGAGCUCCCUGAGUGACCGCUCCGAAGACUUUUUCAGCGAUCUUCACAACUUUCGCAGAGUCAAUAAGGAGGAGUGUGUCCACAGUGUGUCCUCAUGGCUUCCUGUUGCAGCCGACUUCUGGACACCUUCAGUAGAAGACAAUGUGACUAACCAUGAGUGUACUCCAGACACUCACCAAUGCACAUUCUGCUAUCGAAUCAACAGUCGGCUUUUUGCAACUCCUCUGGAUCCUCAAGCUGCGUGUCCCGUUUGCAAGAUGCCCAAAGAGAAGCAUCCACACACAGAGAACGAGCCUGCUUUUAUUAGGGUUAGCAUUCCUCACGCAACACUUCUGCCAGCGUAUCGAUAUAAAGCGCACCGCCGCUGCAGCUUCGAUCCAUCAGACAGUCUUGGUUUGCCCUCUCACUGUCUGUCUGGAUGGUCAAACAUCUCGAUGGGAGCAGGCUCUGAGAUGAGCAACCUAGAUCUGAGAAGCUCCCUGGAGAUCAGGCCAAAUACAGGAACAGUGCCUUCAGCCCAGCCUGAGAACCAGCUGGAUGUCUCCAGGUCCAGGGCGUCAGGAUGCCAGCUCUCUGGUCAGCUUUUGGACGUUUCUCGCCUGGCACGAUAUCAGUUCCAGCACCUCGCCUCCAUGAGGACUAAACCGAAUAAGAGUUCCUACCCAUUUUACUGAUUCAGUCACUAAAUGCUGCUUUCUGCACACACACACACACUCAGAAUAAUGUUUGAUAGACAUCACUGUGUUUCGUCUCUAUGCAAUCAGACUUUGGUUAGAUGAAUUCUGAUCACACUAACUUCAUACAUCCUGAUAGAUGCAGGCGAGGAUAUUACAAUAAGCUACAUCUUAAUCAUCAGUUUCUCAACGUUACACAUACUGUCUGGAUUUAAUCAUACAGACUGACUGCUUUAGAAAUGAUAGCCAGGUAAAAACAAUGAAUGAAAGGAAGUGUUUUGUUCCUUUUAUACCACAGCAAACAAUUAUUUAUAUAUUUUUUACAUUUAUUAAAGAAAACACUAACACAUUUUUUUAACAUUUAAUGUUGUGGUAUGUCUGUGAAACAAGUUAGUUCCUGAGAGAAUAGUCGUUCUCUCAGUAGUCUCUCUCUCUCUCUCUCUCUCUCUCUCUCUCUCUCUCUCUCUCUCUCUCUCUCUCUCUCUCGAAGCAAACUCCUUCCGCAAAUGUUUUCUCUGUUAAAUAACAACUUUUGUUUAAUACAUUAUUAUUAGGCAUAGAUUAUAAUGAGUGUCCGCCACACAAGUCCCUAUGUAAUUUAUUACUGUAGAAACGAUACGGUGUUAGAACGAGUGUAUGAAUGCUUAAAUUAAAGCUGCACUACUGUCAGGACGAAUUAAUCAACAAAAAUAAAAAAUAAAAAAUUUAACCACAUUA